AUUAAGAAACUGAAGUCCGAGGAAGUUAAAACGUCUUGAGUUCGAGGAUGGGUGUUUUUAAUCUGAAAUCGCAGGAAAAGGUAUAAGGAGACAGACUUCACAGGUAAAAGUCCUUAGGAAGCCAAGAGAAACUGAGCUAAGCAAGCACUGUGGACUGGGGUGAUACUUUCUUUGGUGAGCAUGAUUGGGCGACAGGUCAAAGGUGGAGGCUCUUACUUUUCUAAGGAAAGAACUCCAACUAGAAAUCCUGAAAGGCGAGCCACUCUGAACUAGACUAGGCGAUCCCUCCCCCGAAGCCAGGUGGGUCUCCCCACAGGGGAGUCAGAAGUUGGUAGUUUCAGCACAACUUGUCUCGGGGGUGGGGGUGGAGGUGGAAUGGUGGGAGGAGCAGCCCACGCUGGUCUUUAUUCGCCGCAGCCCCACCUCCAAACUCGCACCUCAGAGCUACGCAUCACUACUUUGAUCUCCUGGGUUUCGUCCUUUCCCAGAACGAAGGGACCCGGAAAAAGUCUGCGGAUUCCACUAUUAAAAGACUACGCAGUUUCCCAGAUGCCAACUUUGGUGCCGGCUAUUCCGAAGGACUCCGUCAUUUAUUGGCCGCCUCUAGGCGUUAAUCAGCCCCAGCUCUCUCGAGCCCCGCCCACCUCAAGCCUCGGUUAAACUGGAUCCUUCUCAGCUGUCACAGCCCGCACUCCAGACAGUGCGUAGAACUCGCUUGACUGAGUUCAACCGGGCUUGCCUCCAGAUUUCGAGAAGCUGCGUUGUUUAGUGCUGCCGGUUUGUUUGUUUAAGUUCUCCGUGUUUUAAUGUCAUCAAUCUUGGCUCUGUGCAUCUGUUGAAGAACAGAGUAUUGGCGACUGUCCUAGGGAAAGAGAUGUCCCAAGAAAUACCUUCGAUCACGAGCCAAAUGAUCGACUGCAGUUGUAUUUCACAUGGAAAAAGCCACAACUCCCAAUUGGCCUGUUCUUGUUCCUGUGACUUGAAAAGGAACACCAACCACUGUCAAGAAAAAAAUGUUAUCGCUCAGCCAGUAUUUGUUUUUGAAAACAGAGAUCAACCUUUUAAGAGGCCGGCUGAAGACACUCUUGACAAAAUAGAAUACGGACUCUCUGACUCUUCAAGAAAACGGAUUAGAUCCUCAUCUUUCACGUUCUAUGCGGCAGAUACCAAUAGAGAGUCAACAUCCUCUCAAAAACGAAUAAGAUCAUCUUCCUUCACUGUCUUUCCUACAUUUCCCCCUUCCCAACCAGUUAAGAAAAAUAAUGUUUUCAUGACCACAACUGUUUCACAAUGGAAUGUUGACAUUGCCAGGAAAGUAAAAGGCCCUUGGGAGCGGAAUCAACAAUGUCCUAUUCUUAGACCUGCCAUUUUGCAGCCACCUCAGUCUCUGAGAUGUGUAGAAAGAAAUGCAAUUGGGCAUGUCAAGGCUGUGGAAUUUUCCAAGUCUAAUGAAAAAGCAAAAACUCAGCUUUCAGAAGAGAAUCUCCAUAUGCUGAGUGAGAAUUCAUCACCUCACCCCUUAGUCAGAUCAUUUCCUAGUUUACACCUUUUUAGUCCCAUCCCAAUAAGUCAACCAAAUGAAGACAGAAGUUCUUUACAAAGCAACAGUCCUGAUUUCAUUUUUGGAGAAAAGAUGAAUGAGAGAGUUUUGAGUCCACAAAAAUCCAUUGAGCUUCACCAAGAAAAGGAGCCAUAUAAUAGGGAAAAACCAUUCACUUCAUCUGUGUCUUUCCCUCUCCACUUUUCAUGUACAAGCUCCUGUAGAAACACAACCCUGAAGGAAUCAGCAGCUGCAUUCUCCUCUAAACUAUCACCAAAAUGUAUACUGGAGAAAAUUGAAGUCAUAACAGGAGAGGAAGAAGAACAUAAUGUGUUGAAGAUCAACUGCAAACUCUUUGUAUUCAAGAAAACAACACAAUCUUGGACUGAAAGGGGCAGAGGAACGUUGAGGCUUAAUGACACAGCAAAUAAUAGUUCCAGGAUGCUACAGUCAAGACUGAUUAUGCGAAAUCAAGGCAGUCUACGGCUGAUCCUCAACAGCAAACUCUGGGCUCAAAUGGAGAUACAAAGAGCAAGCCUCAAAAAUCUACGCAUCACUGCCACAGAUUUAGAUGACUGUUGCAUCAAAAUAUUUUUAAUCCAGGCAAGUGCCAAAGAUGUUGGAUGUCUUUAUGCAGCAAUACAUCACCGUCUUGUUGCACUAAGGACCUUUUGCAAACAGGAACUAGAAGGAAAUGAAAUUGAAACUGAGUCAGAAACAGUCAUCCAGUUAUUAAGUUGUGAUAGUUGUGAUGAAGAUGAUGAUAUACUUAAAAUCACCACGGGUGGGUCAGAUCCUUCUAGAUGGAACCACAGAUCACCAGUUGCCUGCUCAUGAUAGAACUCUAAUGAUCCUGAUUACAACUACAGAAGGACAUUGAAAAUCUUAUACCAUUCAAGCUCAACUUCAAGUGAGAAAAUCCUAUAUAUUCAUUGAACGAUUUUAAAGAAAUUAGUUUUCAAGAGAAUUAGAAUUUGGACUGCUUCAGAUUUUCUCAUUUAUGGAUUUUAAAUAUUAUAUCCCUAUUGCUUUUGAUUUGGAUUAAUCUGAAGAAAAAUUAACAGAAUUUAUGAAAUAUAUCACAGACUCAAAACAUCAUUUUCAGAGCCAUUAUUUCAGAAAAGAACUAAUUGGGAUAAUUCAUCACAUUGAUGGAUAGAAUAAUUUAAAACUAGGAAUUAUUAGGUUUUAAAUGUCUAACUCAAAUAUUUAUUUUCACAGUUAUCUAUAGCAUAUAUAUUUUAUAGACUUAAAGGAUUAUUCCUUUGAAAAAUGCUAUUGUAAGUAUAAUCAAACUCAUUAAGCAAUUUUUACCCUUGGCAAAAAUGUUCUAUAUUUUCCACCUAGAUAUGUGAUUUAAUAAAAUAUUAAAUUUGUGUGUUUACAGUAAGUUUUUAAAAAAUCUUUAAAUAUAUACCAUAACAGUAUCAAAGUCUCAAAAUAUCUGAUUUUUAAUUAUUAUUCUCUACAUUGUCAUAAUGAAAUUAAAUUAUUUGCCUUAAUAUCAUUUAAAGUAUAACUAUAAAAUUAUUAUACUUUUAAUACUUGAACCUACUCAAAUAAGGCUUGUACUUUCAAAGUCAUCUUGGGACUUAUCCCAGUAAUAAUGUAAUUGCUUAAGAUUUUUGUUUUGUUUUUUAAAUCUUUUAGAAUUACCCAAAGAUUUGAUUUAUAAGCUAAACACAAAAUUAGUUUCAUUACUUUGUAGUUAUAAUUUAUUAUUUAAAACCUAAAACUAUAAUGCUCAGUUUGAUUAUCAGAUUUGGCUUUGGAUAAUUUUUGAGAUUUCUAAAAAGCACCCCCCCCAAAAAAGUUCUGACAACAAAGAAAGAGUUAAAAGAAUAUUUUGAGUGAAAGUAGCACUGGAAUAAUUAUAUAUUGUUUCAUAUUCAUUAUUCUGGGUGACAGAGUACUCACUUGUAUAAAUGUAUUAUUUUAAAAUAUAAUUUUAAUUUUAAAUUUAAAUUUUAAAUUUAAAUUAUAAUUACCUAGGCUAGAGGAUCUAUCUUUGGUUCUUUAGUCCCCCAUGUAUAGAUUUCAAAGAGUCUAUGACCUUAGAUGGAAAAUAUAUAUAUGUGUAUAUAUAUAUGUGUGUGUGUGUGUGUGUGUGUGUGUGUGUGUGUGUGUGUGUUUAGAUAUAUAUAGAGAGAGUCUUUCUUUUCAUUAACCUUUAGUUUCCUUUUUUAUUUGUAUUAUAUGAACUGAAAGCCAUUAUUCUUAGAAGGGGUCCAUAUGUUUCACUAAAUUUUCAAAGAAGUCCAUGACACAAAAAAAAGAUUAAGAAUCCAAAUUAUAGGCUGACUUUGUAUUAUAUUAUAGGCAUUUAAUGAGUCACAUUCUCUAUCUUUUCUUUAGGAUCAAGGCAUUUUUAGAAAUUAGUGAACUAGUGAAUUAGUAGGCUGACUUAGCAAGUUACUGUUUCUAAAGGGUUUUCUACUCUCCUACAUUUGAAUAAUCCUUAGAUGUAACUAUUUAGGAUGGCCCAUUCUAGCUUUGUUUUCUAUUCUAGCUUUAUUUUUCAUUCUUUUGCAAUACUUUCAUUUUCCAAAAAAGUACUCUUCCAAUCUUAUUUCUUGCUCUCCCAUAGCCAUGUCCUGGUUUAUGCAACUCCAUGUUCCUGGAAUUUUAUUUUGUCAGUCUUCUUGUUGAAAUCCUACUCAUCCUUUGAAAUUCCAUUUAAAUGCUACUUUCUUCUCCUUGAAGCCUGCUCUGAAUCUUCCUAGGUAGAAAUAAUUUCUCCUACCUCUGAUCUCUUGUAGUAUUUUGCUAUUCUGAUUUAUAUACUUAACAUAGUUAACCUUUGCUAUAAUUAUUUGGUGUAUACACCAAUCUCCUCUAUUAUAGACUAUAAGCUAUUUGAGGAUAAGGGCUCUUUUAAAAUUCAAAUUUAUAUUCCCUUUAACACUUAAUGAACUUUCUUACACAAAUAAGAAUUUAUAUAGUACUUUGCUAUUUGUGAAGUACUUUUCAUAUUUUUUCUUUAAAUUUUAUUUUUUCUAUUAAUAGGUAUUUAUUUCCUCUCUAUCCUACUCUCUCAUUUUAAGUUAAAAAAAAAAAACAACAACAACCUUGUAAUCAGUUUGCACAGUCAAGUAAAAUAAAUUCCCACAUUGGGCACAUCCAAAAAUUUCUGUCUCCUUGAAUCCAUCAUCUCUCAGGAGAUGGGUAACCUUGCCAUCAAUCCUUUGGAAUCAUUAUUUGUCAUUGCAUUGAUCAAAGUUUUAAGGUUUUCAGAGUUGUUUGUCACUUGUAAGUCAGAAGUCACAAGUAAAUCACAAAAAUGAAGUGAAUAUUACAGAUUCCAUUUGACAAAUGAGGAAACUGAGGCUUAGAUUUUAAGUGUUUAAACAGCUAGUGUCAGCAAACCAAACACUCUAUCUACUACCCCAUGAUGACUCAUGGUAAUAAUAUUCACAGAUUAAAUUUGAAUAGUGCUUUUCCAAUAGCCCUUUAUAUAUGUGGUCUGAAUUGAUCUUUAAAACAACCCUGUGAGAGAACUGUUGUCUAGUCUCUGUUAUAGUAUCUCUAUUAUAUAGUUAAAGAGAAUGGAGCUCCGAGAGUUGAUGUGUCUUACCCAUGGUCACAUAGCUAAUAAGUCUUAGACUAGGAAUUUGAAUUUAUGACUUCUGAAUCUAAACUCAGUGUUCAUUCCUAUCUGAUUACAUGGCUAAAUGGAAGCAGAAAUUCACUCUUUCAAUUCACUAAGAGGCCAUGAAGCCCAUUUUGAGAGAAUUACACUAAAGGCUGUACUUUGUUUCUAAUAACUCAAAAUUGAUUAAUAAACAUCUAUUGAGCAUCUGCUGUGUGGGAAACUACACUAAGUUUUCAGAAUACAAAUGCAGCAGUUAGACAGUCUCUACCAUAAAGAAGCUUAACUUUUCCAGGGGUACAAGUUUACUGAUAAGUAAAUACAGGAUAUCUACCAAUAAAUACACGGUGUUGAGUUGAGUAGAGCUAACCACUAGAAAAAAAAUAGUACAUAGAGAAAGAAUAAAAAGAAAAUGGAAAAGUGGGAGGAGAAUUGUAAAAGACAAAAGAAACAUAGGAAAAUGUAAGAACUGUAAAUUGAAAAGCAUAUUGACAGAGCAAUAAAAGGAAUAUGUUUUUUGUAUCUAUGGGAUUUUAAAUGUCAGAUUUGUUCAAAUGUUCAUAAGGGAACAUUAGUGACAGUCCAAUUUCUACUGCUUUUGAAAUACAAAAGUGGUUUUUGUUUUGUCUUUUUUAAAAAAUAAUAAUAAUCUCAUUCAAUUUCCUGGCCCAUUUACUUUUGUCCCUUUAAUCAUUUCUUCACUAUAAGAAGGGGGUGGGGGACAAGAUCAUACUUCCAUAAGUCACCAAAUCAGAAGAUGAUCAGAUCUAUCCUUUGCUUGCAUUAUUUUCUUAAAUCUUGGCUGUCACUAACAAAAGGAGGAAUAAGACUUUUUAAAGAUAGAAACUUCAGCAGAAUGGAAAAAGGUCUUUGUGUAAGGGACUGAGCUAAAUCUUCUUUAUAAGAUGGUGAUUUGGCAUUUUUAUUGCAUAAAACCCUAAUUGUUCUAAAUACUGGUGGGUGUUAGCAACAGAAGCAAGAAGACUUUGAACCACAUAUUCUGUGUAUGACAAAAAGCCUUUGUGAUGUGAGUGCAGAAUAUAUGGAUGUUGAAGGUGGAGGAGGAAAUCCUUUCUCAGAGACUGAGUUAAUGUUUUCAACCCACUAUUUCACAUAUAGUAUUUUCAUCACAAAUCCAUUUUCUAUAUUAUAUUAUAGGAAGUUGUCAAUGAUUUUCUUAGGAUGUUUUCCAAGAAACUUAAGUAUAUGAAGAGAGUAAGUAGUACAGUAGUCAGACAGCACCUUCCUUAUCAACUGAACCAAUAGGAAAGCUCUCUUAAAUUUGGAAUUGAACCAAGGAAUAUGCCCACAAGAUUAUCUUCUAUAUAUGAUAGUUUGGAUGCACCCAAUUCUUUGUUUUCUACAUUAGAAUUAUAAUGGAGAAAAGGUUUGAGGAUCCGUAAAGGAAACAGGAUCUAGAAGAGAGACAACUGAUGUUUAGGGUUGGCUCAGAGAGAGGAGAGUGGGUUUGAAGAUUUUCCCCCUUCCCCCUUCUCUCCUUAGCUAUUCUCCCAGAUUUUCUCUUGUCCCUCUUGUCUCCUCUCCACUACUAGAUACUAAAUGUUUCUUCUUAAAAAGAUGUCUCUCCUCCUUGAAGCUUGUUCACUCACACUUGAUUUAGAGCUUGGGGAAAAGAUAACUACUUUAAUGUCAAUUAACUCAAUCAGGGUAAUACAAAAGAAUAACUGGCAGGGAGAAUGGGAACGGAUAGUGGGGGGGAAAGGGGGUCCCUGGCUCUAUCUAAACCCCUUUUCCCUCUCUCCUGUAGCCUGAGCCCCCUGAAAGAUAGUCAGAUUGGCUGACCCUGGGUUUGGUCCCUUGGCCACAGUUCAGACCCAGGGCACCAGGAGCUGAGGUAAAGUCUGACGGAGAUUCAAAAUGCCUUUUCUCAGCUUUCUCUUCAAUAGUCUUUUCAAUUAGGAAAUGUUGGGGGGGAAGGAUUUCCAGUCACAAACAGGAAAAGGUGGGUAACCCUCAGGAGAAAGUCUUAUUCACCACUCCCUCUUCAGCUUCUUCAGACUGAGAGACCAACUGCUCUUCAGAAGGAACCUUCUGCUCCUCAAGAUUCCAAUCUCCUGGGGCCCCACCCCCAUGGAGGUGAUCAGAUCCACACACUCUUCAGCCUGGCACAUUUUUAGUGCCAGCCUCUGUCACAGAAUAUAAACUCCCUAAGGGCAAUAAUUGCUUUCUGCAUUUCCUUCUAUGCCCAGCGCUUAGCACAGUGCCUGGCACAUAAUAAAUACUUAAUAAGUGGGUACUGACUAACUGACUUACUAAUAGUUCAAAUCAAAUAUUGAGCAAAAGACAUCUACAGGGAGGAAAUAUUGCAAUUUCCUACCUUCUCCUGAGUCCCAGUAUCCCUUAAACUACUAGGAUAUGCAGUGUAAGGAGUAUUAUUAAACCCUUUAUCAGCCAAGAAAGGCCACAACAUGCUCUUAGAAUCCAUGACCCUAGGGUGGAACACUCAAAAUUAUUGACAAGAGACUUUGUUAUAGAAGUUUUGAGAGGGAGAUCCUAGGUAAUGCAAAACUAAGAAACAAUGGCAAUCAAUUGAAUAGUAAACACAAAGCUGGUAAAUCUACAUUAACAUGAUUCUCUGGACCAACAUAAGGAGUCAUUAUUAUUCUGUAUUGGCCCAAAUGGUAUAAUUUCACGAAUAUUAGAAAUGUACAUUUACUUUGAGGAUACAAAAUUGAAGAGCUCAAGUGUGCCCUAAAACACAAUAUCCUCAAACCAGUAAUUCUUAGGCUAUUGGGUAUGUAUGAAAGUAUCUGGGAAGGGUGAGACACUGUUGAGAGUGCUGUUAAGUGGGUACUUAAGCAAAAUCUAUUUAGUGUCAGUCAUCUCUGGGCUUCCCUUUCUGGAGAAUUAGAUAAGCAAAACUAAUCUUGCUUUAGUUUAUAAGCAGUUGACCACCAAGAUAAUCUCCUAAGCUUUAAAAAAAAAACUCUAGAUGUAUUAUAAAUUUUGUUUUGUUUCAUUUUAAACCAUGUGUUCCAGUAGUGGUUCCAUAUCUAAAGCAACAGAUCAACACGCAUUUGGGGGUUCAAAUAAACAAUCCCUAUAAAACAUUCAAAACAUAUUUUGAACUGUUUUGCUCUUGUUCAGUUUUCUCUAUUCCCUACUGAGUAUUCCCUCCUAUUUAAAACGUAUAUAAAACAUAAAAACAUACUCAAGUACAUUCCAGGUAAAAGCAAUCUCUUGAAGAGUUAAAAAGCAGUCACUGGAAUGUAAAAGCCAGCACACCUGCGGGUUAAAAGCAACAGGCAAGGAAGUGCUAAGGGUCUCAGGAGCCCCAUGCCAAAUUUCCCACAACUAGGUUCCAGAUUGAUCUACCUGGGGGCAAGGUUAAGUCAAAUUGGUAUAGUUUUUCACCAUAAUUUCUUUGUUCACAGAAGUCCUGUUGGUGUGUGUGUUGUGUGUGCCAGGUAUUGAAAUCAUUGAGGAAGAAAUGUCUUAGAGGUCUGUAUACAACAGCUACCAGAAUUUUAAUUGGAUGAGAAAUGUUUAUUGAAAGAUUCUCAAAGGGGGAGAGAUUACUAAGUGAUGGUGGUAGAAGGAGAGCCUGGAAGUUUCAAUGAGGAGCAGGAAUACUACUACCUUGGGUAAUUCUACUGUGACCAGUAGUAAAUCAAGGUAUGAGUAAAAAUAUGAGCAGUGCUAGAAUGGGGAUCUAGAGAAACUGAGUCAUCAGGAAGGGAGUGCAAGAAGAUGAAACAAUCAAGAAAGGAAAAGGUUUUAGAUGAAAUCUAGAUUGUUACCUGUGGAGCAGGCAUUCUAGAGAACACAAUGGAAGUGUUGGGUAACAUGGCAGAUUAGGAUCAUAAGAAUAAGGAAAUACUCAACAGGAUGGGUAUGAUGGCUUGGAAAUAUCAAUCAAUGAGUUAUGAGUUCAGGUAUAUAUAUAUAUAUAUAUACUAUAGGGGUUUGGCCUUGGGUCGAGUUGAUGCUCAGGAAAGGGCAAAACAAACAUUAUGGAGUUGUGGGUGGCUAGAAAGGGUGCCUGGAGUGCCACUGAACGGCAGGACAAACAAUGGAAAAUUACCUAGUUUUAGGAUGUGUUACCGUAAUGUUUUGCCUAUUUGCAACCCCAAAUUCAAUGCAUCCCACAUUUUUGAGUGCCUUCUAUUUACAAAGAACUGUGCAUUCGCCUUAGAGGAAAUGGGAUGUUUUAUAGAAGUGAAUUUUCCACAGAUCUGGAUCAUAGGAUUGGAAGUGGAAUCUUACUCUGAAAUGUCAAGCAUUUGUUUUUUUUUAAUGAAAGUUUUAUCAAAUGUAUUAAGGGGGAUUCUGAGAAGAACUUAACCUUUUCUUUAAUAAAAAUUUUAUUUGAUUAAGAAAAAUUUUAUAUGGUUACAUGAUUCAUGUUCUUUCCCUCCCUUCCUCCCAACCCCCUCCUGUAGCCAAUGCACAGUUCCACUGGCUUUUACAUGUGUCAUUGAUCAAGACCUAUGAAUUUUGUUAAGAAUUUAACCUUUUCAUGAUGACUUGGGGCCAUGUUCUAAAGAAUAUUGUGCUUAGAGAAAUAAAGCUCUCUACUUUAACAUUGUCCUGCCUCCUCCCUCAAUGUCAAACUAUCAGCUGUCAGGUGUCACUUUUCUGUUUGUCAUUGUGCCUGUCUCUGAUAGCCCCACUCCUCCCUCCACCCCUCUUCUAGUGAGUUGUGAAACAAAUAAGGAAACUUAUUCAAAGUUGUAUGUUUUUUAAAACCCUAUAUAAGGCUGAGUGAGGGACCAAGAAUAAAGUAAAAGACUGUUUAGUCCAUGAGCUUUGGAUUACAAGCUCACCCACUCUCAUCCACACUUCAUCAACUUUGAUCUUCAUAUAUGUGAUGUAUAACAGCGCUUUCUCCCCUUUAACACAUUUACCUGGCUUUCAAAAAAUAUAUUUGUUUGUUGCAUUAAAAUUCCCAGGUAUCUCUCAUUUUCCCUCCACUCCCCACAUUAGAGAAGGCAUCAUUUGACAAAAAAAUAAAAAAUAAAAAAGUAUUGAUAAAACUA